GCGUGGAGGCUGCUCCAGAUGGACAAAAAAUCUAUGAACACGUCAUGCUAGGCCGUCGGCAGAGGUCAUGAUCAGGGUUUUACAUAUGUACAUAUAUGUGAGGGAUUUCCUGCCCUUUUAGCAAAACUCAUUUUUCAAGCCUACGACAACACCUAAACACACACUGAACAUUACAUUUAUAUCAACGACGCAAUGGCUACAGACACCAAAUUCGAGGGAUGGCUUGGCAAGGACAAGGAGAGCGUCAAGGGAAAGAUGGAAUGGGGCCAAUUCGAGCCCAAGAAGUGGACUGAGGACGAUGUCGACAUUGAAGUCUCCCACUGCGGUAUCUGCGGUUCAGACUUGCACAUGCUAAGCUCUGGCUGGGCACCAACCCCAUACCCUUGCGUUGUUGGUCACGAGAUCAUUGGCAAAGCCGUCAAGGUUGGCAAGAAUGUCAAGCACGUCAGCGAGGGCGAUCGCGUCGGUGUUGGAGCACAAGCACGCUCUUGCUUGCAGCCAGAUUGCUCUGAAUGCUCAAAUGGCAUUGAAAACCACUGCUCGCGCGGAAACGUCAGUACCUACGGUUCUAUUUACCCCGGUGACGAGGGCAAGUCUUACGGAGGAUACGCAAAGCACAACCGCACCAAUGGACACUUUGUGCUCAGAAUUCCUGAAGGCUUGGAUAGUGCUGAUGCCGCACCCAUGCUGUGCGGAGGAAUCACUGUCUACUCACCACUGAGGAGGUUUGGCUGCGGUCCCGGAAAAACUGUAGGAAUCGUCGGAGUCGGAGGUCUCGGCCACUUCGCGGUUCUUUUCGCAAAAGCCCUGCGUGCCGACAAAGUCGUAGGAAUCAGCCGCAAAGCCGAGAAGCGCGACGACGUACUUAAGCUAGGCGCCGACAGCUAUAUCGCAACCGACGAAGACGAAGACUGGGCCAAGCACAACGCCGGCACAUUGGAUCUUAUCAUUUCCACCGUCUCGAGUGCAAAGAUGCCGCUAGAUGGAUACCUCGGACUGCUCAAGACCCACGGCACCCUCGUCCAAGUCGGUGCCCCGGAUAAGGGCGAGCUACCUCCUAUCAACGCUUUCACGCUUCUCAUGAAGGGAAUUAGCGUCGCCGGUAGUGGUAUUGGUGCGCCGUGGGAGAUCAAGGAGAUGUUGGAGUUGGCGGCUGAGAAGGAGAUUAAGCCGUGGGUGCAGAAGAGGCCUAUGAGCGAUGCUAAUAAUGCGAUUUUGGAUAUGGAGGCUGGAAAGGCGAGAUAUAGGUAUGUUCUUGAGAAUUAGAGGGCUAGUUAGAUGGGGUGUCGGGGUUUCUUAUAGACAUGAAACCCGAUUUAGAAACAACGACUAGAUACGAGUAAUGAAUGUCCAUGAAAUAAAAUAUGUAUUCUACACCGU